AUGCUCAAAGAUGAGAUUUUUGGACUUCUAACAGACAACUCACUGAAUUUCUUGAAAAAGGCAGAGCCCUUAACCUCCAUCACAGGAAACAUGACAGCUACCCUACAGGCAGCCCUGAAAUAUCCCCCCAUCAACACCAAGAGUCAGGCGGUGAAGGCUCGAGCAGGCAGCAUCGUCUUGAAGGGGCGCACCUCUUUUAAAGCUAAUGAUAUUGAAAAGGCUGUUCAAUCCCUGGACAAGAAUGGUGUGGAUCUUUUAAUGCAGUACAUUUACAAAGGCUUCCAGCCCUCGGACAGUGGCAGUGCCGUGUUAUUGCAAUGGCAUGGAAAGACACUUGCUGCCAGAGGAGAGGGGUCCAUUGUUCGAGUGUGGACUGCAAGGAAAAACGUGUAGUCCAGCAGGGUCUGGGUCUCUCCUGUGGGUGUGGGAGUUGCUGGUACAAAGACCAAAACAACCAAACGUCACUGUGGCCCUUGGCAGUGUAGCAUGUUUCUCUCGGCUUUGCCUUCUUGCUUCUUUUUU